GGCGGGGCUUCCCUUCCAGCCCUUAAGCACGGCCACACUCGCCGGCCCAGCCAUCAGCCUCCUUCGCCUGCCUCGGCUCUUCUUGCUCCUUCGGCCGGCACCCGUGCCUUCGCUUCUCUCUCUCUCUCUCUCGCAAUACUCCCUCGCCCAUCUUCCCAUGGAGAAGGGGAAAGACAAGUCCGCCGGCUUCCUGCCGCCCUUCAAGAACUUCGCCACGCAGGCCAUCCACGCGGGGCAGGACCCCGAGCAGUGGAAGUCUUUGGCCGUGGUUCCUCCUAUCUCGCUCGCCACCACCUUCAAGCAGUACGCGCCCGGACAGCACAGCGGCUUUGAAUAUAGUCGUUGUGGAAAUCCGACUCGUGAUUGCUUAGAAAAAGCUGUGGCAGCACUGGAUGGAGCCAAAUAUUGUUUAGCAUAUGCUUCUGGAUUAGCAGCUACCCUGAACAUUGCACAUCUACUAAAGGCAGGAGAUAAUAUUGUUUGUACAGAUGAUGUCUAUGGAGGUACCAAUAGAUAUUUCAGUAAAAUGGCAUCAGACAUGGGCCUGAAAACUGUUUUUGUCGACUGUACCAAACUGGAAAGCCUUGAUGCUGCAAUCACACCUCAGACUAAGCUUGUCUGGAUUGAAACUCCCACAAAUCCAAUGUUGAAAGUUAUUGAUAUUCAAGCAUGUGCCAAGGUUGUCCAUAAACACAAAGGAGUUAUUUUAGCAGUAGAUAAUACAUUUAUGUCUGCAUAUUUCCAGCGACCUUUAGCUUUAGGAGCAGACAUCUGUAUGUAUUCAGCAACUAAAUACAUGAAUGGUCACAGUGAUGUUAUAAUGGGAUUAGUCUCAGUAAACGAUGAUGCUAUCCAUGAAAGACUCAGACUCUUGCAAUAUUCCCUUGGAGCAGUUCCGUCUCCUUUUGACUGCUACCUUUGCAACAGGGGUUUAAAGACGCUGCCGAUCCGCAUGAAACAACAUUACCAGAAUGCAUUGGCUGUUGCUCAGUUUCUUGAGUCAGAUCCUAGAGUUGAAAAAGUCAUCUUUCCUGGCUUGCCAUCACACCCGCAGUUUGAGGUGACAAAACGCCAGUGCACAGGCUGCCCAGGGAUGAUUUCUUUUUACAUUAAAGGAAACCUUACGAACGCGGCCACAUUUCUCAAAAAUUUAAAGCUUUUUGCCUUGGCUGAAAGUCUGGGAGGCUAUGAAAGUUUAGCAGAGCAUCCUGCCAUCAUGACUCACGCUUCAGUUCCCAAGGCAGACAGAGAACUCCUUGGAAUCACUGACACGUUAAUUCGCAUGUCCAUCGGUUUAGAAGACUCUGAAGACUUACUGGAAGAUCUGGCCCAAGCUCUGAAGGCAGCAGUUCCUGAUUUCAAAAUUUGUAACUGAGAGAACAGGGCUCAGAUGGCAACUGAUACCUGCACUUCUGUAACGUGAAGGAAACAAAUGGGAUGUUCAGCUACUCAUGAAAUUUCUUUGGAUUUGAUUUCUUUAAAAUACAAACUUAGAUUUUAACAUUCUCAAAGCAAGUCCAUGGUGUUUGCCCAUUGAAAGAGGGAAUGCCUUCAGAUGUGUCAUUUCUAUAAUUUCUUUAUUAGAAAAUUUAAAAGCUGUCAUUUUGUACAGCCACAGCUUUUGGAUAGCUGUGAUUUAUGCUCAGGAAUUUUAUGUUCCAUUAUCAUUUAAUGAUAUUUAAAUGUGUCAUAUGCUGAUGUAACAUAGUGGCUGAAUUACUACAUUAGGCAGCUCUCAGUUUGAAUCUUGCUUCUGUUAUGAACCUCACCAGGUGGCCUCAGUAAACUACUCUUCUCAGCCUUAGUUUCCCCAUCUGCAGUAUGGGAGACAUUAAUGAACUACAACUAAAUUGUAUGUCUGGAAUACUUUGAAAUCUUAGAAGGUCUAGUGGUAUAUACAUUUAGAAGACUACUACAGUUAUGCCAGUACUCUUUUCCCUCUACCUUUUUGUGCUGCUGAAAUAAAAAGAGUUCAUAUCUGAUUCAGAAAAAGACAAGUUAAAUGAAAAAUGUAGCCUCUUAGGCCAGAUGUUAUUUCUCUUUUCAAUAUAAUAUUGAAAAUAGAAGAAAAGUCUGUUGCAUGGCACCAUGUCAGUUAUUGUUGUCUUUAAAGAUACUGCAUUUGUUUUAGUUUUUGUUUUGAACAUAAAAUUUCUCCUGUUUAUAUUUCUGGUCUUUGCAUAGGCCGUUUUUGCUUUUAAAGUUUUAAAUCUUUGCUCCAGCAUCUGUGACUGACAUACAAAAACUGUUUCCAUAAGCAAAACAUUUUUCAAUAAUGUGUACUUUCCAUAAAUUAGAUAAAGUUGAUUGGUUUUCAUUUUUCUCUGAAGAGUUACUGAAACAACAAAUGAGUAACACUUCAGUGAAAGCUGAAGAUAAAAUUGGCUUGAAUAUUUUAUUACUUGAGCAGCAAAAAAUGCAACUAACCCCUAUACAAGAAAAGUUGACAUGAUUCACUUCUGAGUCUGGAAUGGUGCUCUGGAAGAAUGAAGGAUAGACUGAACGGCUCCUGACACUGAAGGGAAAAGUUUGUGUUCAAAUAAUGGUGCCAUAUAAACACUGAAGAAUCUCACAGUUAAAUACCACUGGAUUGUAGCAAAUAGUACUAUGUCAAGUAUAUUGUAAUUUAAAAUGUUUGACUUUCAUAAUGUACAAAUGCACGUGCUUGAUCAUACUGUCACCAGAAUCACAGAAUAUGUUCUCUAAUAAAUACCACAGUAAGGUUUGAACUUGAUGUGUCAAAUAUUUCAGCCUGUUCCCCAGAAUACUUUGACUGGUAUUCAGUAUUGAAGAUUCAUAGCCAAGACUUAUGAAUCUGUAACUGGUCUGUUUUUGGUUUUACCAGGAACCUAACUAAAUGGCAGCCAGUGCACUUUAAGAGACAUUUUUGGUGGGCAAAAGAGGGGCCAUUCAGCUUUCAUUUGGAGCAACAAUCUGGUUUGCUGAUGGGUGGGAGUGGAAAUAUCCUUCUUGUGACCUGAUUGGCAGAUUUUUUUUUCCAUGUGAGGAGCAACCUGAGUCGCUUCUGGUGUGAGAGAAUUGGCCGUCUGCAAGGACGUUGCCCAGGGGAUGGCUGGAUGUUUUUUGAUGUUUUAUCAUCCUUGUGGGAGGCUUCUCUCAUGUCCCCGCAUGGAGCUGGAGCUGAUAGAGGGAGCUCAUCCGCACACUCCCCGGGUGGGAUUCGAACCUGGCAGCCUUCAGGUCAGCAACCCAACCUUCAAGUUACAAGGCUUUAAUCCUCUACGCCACUGGAGGUUCCUGAUUGGCAGAUGAACAGAUCUUCUUCACCAGAUCCAGCAUCUCUUUCUUAAGGUGGACUUGGGUGGAGAAAUGUCGGGACACUAGCUGCUAUGAAUUUAUACAGAUGUAAACUAAAUAACUGAUCUAGGAUUCUGAUAGACAAUUUUUCCUUCUCUACAAUGAAUAUUUUGACCAAAUAUGAUAUACUGAACGGUGAAAUUUCAAAUGUCUUUAUGUAAGUUUGGAAUGAAUCAACAAAUUGGUUUUGGGCAGGCAAAGCAACGGCUGAUUUUGGUUCAUUUGUCAUGUUUUUUGGCAUUAAAAUUUUUAAAGAUUGUAUGUGUCACCAGGUCCCCCCCCCCCCCCCCCCCCGGCCAAUUAAUUCAGAUCAUAAGUCAAAUCAUUACAUCAACCUGGACAAUGCCAUGGAAAUUUCCUAGAUUUCUAAUAACACUGACUGUGGUGUUGAGGUUCAUUGGACAUGUAAGGGGAACAGAAAAUAGACAUGCUUCACCACCACAGUAGAGUCUCACUUAUCCAACAUUUGCUUAUCCAACGUUCUGGAUUAUCCAACGCAUUUUUGUAGUCAAUGUUUUCAAUAUAUCAUGAUAUUUUGGUGCUAAAUUCGUAAAUACAGCAAUUACUACGUAGCAUUACUUCAUAUUGAACUGCUUUUUCUGUCAAAUUUGUUGUAUAACAUGAUGUUUUGGUGCUUAAUUUGUAAAAUCAUAACCUAAUUUGAUGUUUAAUAGGUUUCUCUUUAAUCUCUCCUUAUUAUCCAACAUACUCGCUUAUCCAACGUUCUGCCGGCCCGUUAAUGUUGGAUAAGUGAGACACUACUGUACUACCAACAAAAAAAACCACUUGGCUGUUUGUACCUCCCAAUCAGUUUGUACCGCCCAAUCACACAGUUGUGGAUUCUGGAUAAAGUACAACAGCUAGUUCCAAAAUUAUAUUUCAGUCCUCCCACAAUGAUGAGAACUUGGGCAUCUCAGAAAAAGAAGAAACAGUUCCAUUUCAUAAGUUGUGGAGAAAUAAAGAUAUAACAAGAAUGA